AUGGCCCCCUCUGCGCCGCUCCGCCUGGGCUCCGACGCACCCGACUUCGAGGCCGACACUACGACCGGCCCGAUCCGGUUCCACGAAUACGUCGCCGACAGCUGGGCCAUCCUCUUCUCGCACCCGCAAGACUACACGCCCGUGUGCACGACGGAGCUGGGGGCCUUUGCCAAGCUCGAGCCCGAGUUUACGCGGCGCGGCGUCAAGCUGCUGGGGCUGUCGGCCGACCAGCUGAGCGAGCACCAGGGCUGGAUCAAGGACAUUGGCGAGGUGACGGGCGGGCACGUCAAGUUUCCCAUCAUUGCCGACCCGGACCGCAAGGUGGCCCAUCUGUAUGACAUGAUCGACUACCAAGACCCCUCCAACAUCGACCGCAACCAGCUCCCCCUGACGAUCCGCUCCGUCUUCUUCGUCGACCCCAAGCACAAGAUCCGCACCAUCCUGUCGUACCCGGCGUCGGCGGGCCGCAACGCCGCCGAGGUGCUGCGCAUCGUCGACUCGCUGCAGCUGACGGACAAGCACAAGGUAGCGACGCCUAUUGACUGGAUGCCGGGCCAAGACGUCAUCGUGGCCAACAGCGUCAAGGACGACGAGGCCCGCCGCCUGUUCCCCGAGUUUCGCGCCGUCAAGCCGUAUCUGCGCUACACGUCGGUGCCAAAGAGCGGCUAG